AUGUCAGAGAGAGUACACAACAGAGUAGUUAUCAUUGGAUCAGGUCCAGCUGGUCACACAGCAGCAGUUUACCUCGCUAGAGCAGAAAUGUCACCUGUCAUGUUCGAAGGAAUGCUUGCGAACGGUGUGGCUCCAGGUGGUCAACUCACAACGACAACCGAUGUCGAGAACUAUCCAGGUUUCCCAGACGGUAUUAGAGGUCCUGAGAUGAUGGACAAGUUUAGAGCCCAGUCUGAGAGAUUCGGUACUCAGAUCCACACUGAGACCAUCUCCAAAGUUGAUUUAUCCAACAGACCUUUCAAAUAUUGGAGAGAGGGUUAUGAGGAAGAUGGAGAAGCGUUUGAGUUGGCUGACUCUCUCAUUUUAGCCACAGGUGCAUCUGCCAAGCGUUUGUUCAUACCUGGUGAAGAAACAUAUUGGCAGUCAGGUAUUUCUGCAUGUGCAGUUUGCGAUGGUGCAGCACCAAUUUUCAGAAACAAAUCUUUGGCAGUCAUUGGUGGUGGUGACUCCGCAGCAGAAGAAGCUACAUACCUCACCAAAUACGCUUCACAUGUUCACGUCUUAGUACGCAAGUCUGAAUUAAGAGCUUCAAAGAUCAUGGCUGCAAGAUUACUCAAGCAUCCUAAGGUUACGGUUCACUGGAACACAGUCGCAACUGAAGCACUUGGUGAUGGCGAUUUAUUGCAAGGUCUCGGCCUCAAAAACACUCAAUCUGGUGAAACUAGCAAGUUGGACGUGAAUGGUCUGUUCUACGCUAUCGGUCACGAACCUGCCACCGAACUUGUUAGAUCUCAAGUAGAUACUGAUAACGACGGAUAUGUUAAGACUGUGCCAGGUACCACCCAAACUAACAUCAAGGGUAUCUUCGCUGCCGGUGACGUUCAAGAUAAAAAAUACAGACAGGCUGUCACAUCAGCUGGUUCAGGUUGUAUGGCAGCUUUGGAGUGUGAAAGACUUCUUGCAGAGGAAGAAGUUGAGGAAUCAUAA